AUGUUUGUGGACUGUGGUGGAGUGUGUGUGGACUGUGGUGGAGCAUGUGUGGACUGUGGUGGAGUGUAUGUGGACUAUGGUGGAGCGUGUGUGGAAUGUGGUGGAGCGUGUGUGGACUGUGGUGGAGCGUGUGUGGACUGUGGUGGAGCGUGUGUGGACUGUGGUGGAGCGUGUGUGGACUGUGGUGGAGUGUAUGUGGACUGUGGUUUAGCGUGUGUGGAAUGUGGUGGAGCGUGUGUGGACUGUGGUGGAGCGUGUGUGGACUGUGGUGGAGCGUGUGUGGACUGUGGUGGAGCGUAUGUGGACUGUGGUGGAGUGUGUGUGGACUGGGUGGAGCGUGUGUGGACAGUGGUGGAGCAUGUAUGUGGACUGUGGUGGAGAGUGUCAGGACUGUGGUGAAGAGACUCUUGUCCAUGUGUUCUGAUUUGUACUGUGUAUAUGUAAUGUUUUCUUUCUGCAUAUGUCAGUGCACAUCGAGCCUUAUCUCUGAGUGAUCAAGCUAAAACUGUGUUUAUUGGUGCAUGAUUGUGUCAGCAUCAGUAAAGAUUAACAUCACAGCUUUGCACUGCCAUAGAUAUAUUCCACCCUCUCUAUCGCUAGUGUGUGUGGACUGUGGUGGAGUGUAUAUGAACUGUGGUGGAGCAUGUGUGGACUGUGGUGGAGUAUGUGUACUGUGAUGGAGAGUGCGUGGACUGUGGUGGAGCGUUUUGAACUGUGGUGGAGUGUAUGUGAACUGUGGUGGAGCGUGUGUGGACUGUGGUGGAGCGUGUGUGGACUGUGGUGGAGCGUGUGUGGACUGUGGUGGAGCAUGUGUGGACUGUGGUGGAGCGUUUGUGGACAGUGGUGGGAAAUGUGUGGACUAUGGUGGAGCGUGUGUGGACAGUGGUGGAAUGUGUGUGGACUGUGGUGGAGAGUGUCUGGACUGUGUUGGAGCGUGUGUGA